AUGUCCAACACUAGCCCGCUCGAACCCUGUCCUCCCGAUGGCGCUACCCACGCUGCCACCCACUUCACCCUCCUCGAACCCCUCCACGAUUCCGACCUGUCCAAGCAGCAGCAGCAGCAGCAGCAGCACCUCUUGGAGCCCGAGUCUGCCUCCGAGCCAUCACGCUCCUCCAAGGAAACCGCCCUCACCACCACCGAUCGCGAGAGCAUCGAGGAGAUCCCGGACCAUCAUCUUCCUCCGCGCCCCGAGCUGCUCGAGCUCGCCCAACACGCCAAACGUGAUUCUCGCCUCUCCAUCUCCACCACUCACGAUGCUCCCACUUCCUCUGACAACACGCGCCAGCACAUCUACUUGGCCGACGAGGACAUUCAGCUCCGCCUCCGCUUCUACCGCAGCCAGUUGUUCUUGAUGCUCAUCUGGUACUCGCUCUGCAUUCUCUCCGCCGGCAUUCUCUUCAUCGCAGACGCCUGGGCCAACAACAAGUUCUGGACACGUUUCAACACCACCCCUGCUCCCCUGAACAAUCCCAAAUCAAACAACAAGGACAAGCUCAUCCGUAUCAAGAGCAAGCAUGGAGAGGUCGACAUCUUGCCCCUCAAGCGCGUCACUUUUCCUUCUCCCAUCCCCUUCACCACCGUCUUUCCUCCCACGCUUAACGAGCCCUACCGCACGCCAGAGCAAGCUGCGGCUGCUCUCAACCACCCUUCUGACCGUGCUCAGACUUCCACAGCGGUGCAAGACCUGUCUCUGACACACGUCGACAUUCUCGAGUAUCGUGCCACCACCUUCCUCCUGCACCCGCACUCGGGCAAGUUCUACCUUCUCGGCGCCUGGCACGAUCCUAACUGGCGUUCUCUCGAUCCCAGCCUAGGUCUUCCUGCCGACUCUGUACGCGACAGGCAAGCUCUCUUUGGCGAGAAUCAAGUCACCGUCAGGGGCAAGUCCGUCGUCGAUCUCUUGAUCGAGGAAGUGCUCCACCCUUUCUACAUCUUCCAGAUCUACUCGAUCAUCCUCUGGUGCAACGAUGAUUACGUUCCGUAUGCUAUCGUCAUUGCUGUCGUCUCCAUUGUCGGUAUCGUCGCCACCACCGUCACCACCAAAGCCGCCAUCGAAAAGCUCAAAAAGAUGAGCCGCUUUAGCUGCCCUGUCUCUGUCCUCCGACCUUCUUCCUCCGCCCACUCGCCACUCGACGAGAAGAGUGCUACCACAGACUCUGAAGAGAAACAGCUCGCUUCUGCAUCUGUGUCUGCUCCCAGCUUCAGCGUGCUCGACAGCCAAGCUCUCGUGCCCGGUGACAUUGUCGAUCUCGCUGCCGUCGAUGAAACGACUCACCACGGUCACCGACUCGUCGAGACCUUGCCGUGCGACUUCGUGCUGCUCGAAGGCGACUGCAUUGUCAACGAGGCCAUGAUGACCGGAGAGUCCGUCCCUGUCGUCAAGGCUCCCAUCUCCAAAGCCGAUCUUGCUAGCAUCCUGGCUGCCGGCAAGGAUAUCUCGCGUCUCGAUAAGCACAUUCUCUACUCGGGUACCAAGCUCGUCCGCGUCCGACCAGGCAGUAGUAUCGACGGCAGCAGCACUACGCGCGGACUCGUCAUCCGUACCGGUUUCUCCACCGCCAAAGGAUCGCUCGUGCGACAGAUGCUCUUCCCGCGACCCAUCAGCCACAAGUUCUAUCGUGAUGCUUUCCUCUUCAUUGGCAAUUUGUUCAUCAUCGCCAUCAUCGGUAUGAUCGCUACCAUCAUCUACUUCAAGAUCAUUGGGGUCAGCAGUGAAGAGAUCGCUCUCCGCUCCUUGGACGUCUUGACCAUCGCUGUGCCUCCCGCUCUGCCUGCAACUCUCUCGAUUUGCAUCACUUUUUCCAUCGCACGUCUCAAGCGCAGCCAGAUCUUCUGUCUCAGCCCACAGAGGAUCAACGUCGCCGGCAUGGUCAACAUGUUUGUCUUUGACAAGACCGGCACGCUCACUGAAGAAGGCCUCGAUGUCAUGGGUAUCCGUAUGGUCAAAGAUGGCAAGUUUACCGAUCUUGUCCAGCACGAGCAGAUGGAAGAGGCGAAGCGAGAUGACGCAAAGCUGGGAUUGAUCGAGGCCAUGGCGACAGCGCACGAUCUUAACUUGCUGGAUGGCGAACCUAUUGGUGAGCCACUCGAGGUCAAGAUGCUCGAAUGGACAGGUCGGAAGCUGCAAGACGACGCCUCGCUCGCGCCCGUCCACUUGGUAAAGGAAGCAUCCGAGGAGCCAGCCGCCGAACAGCGUCGACCCUUGACCAAAGACGGCGCACUCGCGCGUAUACCCGUCAUCCUCCCGCACGGCACCACCCGAUCCCCCCUCGCCGUAGUCCGCACUUUCGAGUUCACUGCCGCGCUCCGCCGCAUGAGCGUCGUCGUCAAACGCGACAACGAUCUCUCGGCCCAAAUCUACUGCAAGGGCGCCGCCGAGUCCAUCGCCACCCUCUGCGACCCGGCCUCGCUCCCAUCCGACUACUCUGCCGUGCUCGACCGCUGCACGCGCGCCGGGUUCCGUGUGCUCGCCGUCGCCGGCAAAACCAUCGACGCGCUCUCCUGGAAGGGGGCACAGGACCUUACCCGUCCGCAGGCCGAGUGCGAGCUCCACUUUCUGGGACUGAUCGUGUUCGAGAACAAGCUCAAGCCGGCUACCACUGCGUCGAUCGCGACUAUUCGGGACGAUGCGCAGCUGCCCAUCAAGAUGUGCACGGGCGACUCGGUGCUCACUGCCGUCUCGGUUGCCAAGGAGUGCGGGAUCUUGGGUGCUAAUGCUGACGUGUAUACGCCAAGACUGGCGCACAAGCAGCAGUGGGCCGAGAAGGCGCACGGAGAAGCAGCGGCGGUCGAGUGGGUCAGUGUCGACGAUGAACGCAGCAAGCUCGAUGCGUACACCCUCGACCCGGAGCCGCGCGACGGCUCCAGCGCCGCAAAGCUCAAGGACGUCGAACUUGCCGUGUCCGGAGAAAUCCUGCGUACGCUGUUCGAUGCGUGCUCCGCCGAGACCAUGGCGCGCGUGCUGGUGCACUGCAAAGUGUUUGGCCGCUUCUCACCGGAGCAGAAACAGGAGCUGGUCGAGAGGCUGCAGACGCUCGGCUACGUCGUGGCCAUGACCGGCGAUGGUGCCAACGACUGCGGGGCGCUCAAGUCGGCCGACGUGGGCCUGUCACUUUCGGAAGCAGAAGCAUCUGUUGCUGCUCCUUUCACGUCCAGAGUCAAGGACAUUUCGGCGAUCACCCAGCUCAUUCGCGAAGGUCGCUCGACGCUUACGGUUUCGUUCGCCAUGUUCUUGUUCAUGAGUGUCUACUCGCUGUCCGAGUACUUUACUGUGCUGCUUCUGUACGGCAAAGCAACGUCGCUCGACAACGCCGAGUAUCUGUUCAUUGACAUCUUCUGCAUUCUGCCCGUGGCUGUUGGGCUGGCCAACACGCUGCCGGCGAAGAAGCUGUUCCGGAUCCCGCCCGAGAUGCGCCUCUCGUCCGCGAAACCGAUCGUGUCGAUGCUCGGCCAGGCGAUCCUGGGCUACAUCGCACAGACGAUUGUCUACCUCGCUCUGCACGCCAAAUCCUGGUACCAAUCACCGGAAUUCGAUCCCGAGAACCUUACGCUCAACGACAUGGACAACACCGCACUCUUCCGCACGUCGGUCUUCACCUACAUCAUUGCCGGAUUCGCCUUCUCGCUCGGCCCUCCUCACAGGCAGCUGCUCUGCUUCAACUGGAUCCUCGCCCCCACGCUCGUGAUCCUUGCCAUCUUCUCGUUCUACUUCCUCUUCCUCACAGGUGGACCGUUCUUUGACCUGUUUGGGUUUGUCGAGAUGCCCAAGCACUUUAGCUGGAUCAUCUUUGGCGUCGUGGUGGCGCAGUUUGUGCUGGCCAUGGUGUUCGAGUUUGUCUGCGUUGCGCCAGUGGCCAGGCUGGUCGCAAAGCCGUUCAGUGCAAUGGCGAGGAGGCUGGGCCGACAGAGGAGCAGGCCGUACAAGGCCGUGGAGAAGGUCAUCUACUCAUGA